GAGUUCCAGGCCAGCCUGGUCUCCACAUUAAGUUCUAGGACAGCCAGAGCCACAUAGCGAGGCUUGUUUUUUUUUUAUGCAUUGAUUUAUUCUAUGCAGAUACGUGUUGUUCAUGCAUGUAUGCCUGUGUACCAUCUACGUGGCUGGUGCUCUCAAGAUAGGACGUUGGAUGCCCUGUAACUAGAGAUGCUGAUGGUUAGCAACGCCCAUGGGAGUGCUGAGAACUGAGCCUGGGUCCUUAAAGGCAAAGCUUCAUGUGGGUAAGGGAAGAGCUGGUAUGUCACAGGAAGUCACAAACCCUUCAAAGUACCUGUGCUGCUUCAGGAUCCUGGCAUUGCCUCACAGACUGUCCUGGGGGGGACCACUUUCAGGAGAUCAAGGCGUCUCCUCCUUUGUUCUUUUCAUUGGCUUCUUCUGCUUGUGUCCAGAGCCUGUAGAUCCCAAAGAUGAACCCCACGGAUGUAGCAGACACCACACAGGAUGAAAACGCGUACAACAGUUACUACCUCUACGAAAGCAUGCCCAAGCCUUGUACCAAGGAAGGCAUCAAGGCGUUUGGGGAGCUCUUCCUGCCUCCUCUUUAUUCGCUGGUCUUUCUGUUGGGUCUGUUUGGGAACUCCAUUGUGGUUCUGGUACUGUUCAAAUACAAGAGGCUCAAGUCCAUGACCGACGUGUACCUGCUCAACCUUGCCAUCUCCGAUCUGCUGUUUGUACUUUCUCUCCCAUUCUGGGCCUACUACGCCGCCGACCAGUGGGUUUUUGGAUUAGGUCUGUGCAAGAUUGUUUCAUGGAUGUACUUGGUGGGCUUUUACAGUGGCAUCUUCUUCAUCAUGCUCAUGAGCAUAGACAGAUACCUGGCCAUUGUGCAUGCAGUGUUUUCCUUGAAAGCGAGGACUCUGACCUAUGGGGUUAUCACCAGCUUGGUCACGUGGUCAGUGGCUGUAUUUGCCUCCCUCCCAGGCCUCUUGUUCAGCACCUGCUACACGGAGCGCAACCACACGUACUGCAAGACCAAGUACUCAGUCAACUCGACCACAUGGAAAGUCCUCAGCUCCCUGGAGAUCAACGUCCUGGGGCUGCUCAUCCCCCUGGGGAUCAUGCUCUUUUGUUACUCCAUGAUCAUUAGGACCCUGCAACACUGUAAGAAUGACAAGAAGAGCAGGGCGGUCAGGAUGAUCUUCGCCGUGGUGGUCCUCUUCCUGGGCUUCUGGACGCCCUACAACGUGGUGCUUUUCCUGGAGACGCUGGUGGAGCUUGAAGUCCUUCAGGACUGCACGGUGGAGAAGUACCUAGACUACGCCAUCCAGGCCACAGAAACUCUGGCCUUUAUUCACUGCUGCCUCAACCCCGUCAUUUACUUCUUUCUCGGGGAGAAAUUCCGGAAGUACAUCGCCCAGCUCUUCAGAACGUGCCGGGGUCCUCUUGUGCUCUGCCAAUACUGCGACUUCCUUCAGGUCUAUUCAGCCGACACCUCCAGCUCCUCUUACACGCAGUCCACUGUGGAUCAUGACCUCCGCGACGCUUUGUAACACGUGAACAGGGGGAUCAUGGCCUUAACAAGCUCCCCACACCCGGCACUAGGUCACCUUGUUUUCAGUAAGGGUCCCCUGAGCAGGUGUCCAAGGAAAACAAACAAAAAUCAUGGAAAGGCAGCUUCUCACCCUGCAGCUCACCCUUACUCUUUCCAUAGACAAGUGCAGGCCGAAAUGUGUUCAGCUGGGCUGCGUUCGUCACACACCAGGUCUGUCUACAGGGAGAGAGGAACCCGGGGGAGGCCUGCGAACAGAGUCUCGGUGACCUUCUAGAUUGCACUGAAGACACCUCCCCUCUUCCCGGCCUCCCCAGGGACUCUGCAGAGAGACUCAGAGUCCUGAUGGGUGGAGGAAAUCACCCCUUUGCCAUGGAAACGAACCUUUGAAUGAAUCUUUGGCCUUUGUGGAACUAUCUAGAAGAUUUUAGCAUGCUGUCAUCCUCGUGUUUUUCCAGUGGUAGUCCGUGAAGCCAGAUGUAUAGAGAAAUGAGGAUCUUAGAUCUUGCUUCUUUUAUUAUAGAGGGUUGUUCAUUGAAGCCUGGCUGCGGGUGUAGGUGAGGAGGCAUUCAGACGAUCCUGUCUUCACCUGGAACAGGCAUUUAGAGGACACCUGUUGAAAUCCACACGCAGCUUGGCUUGCUAAUAUAUGUUUUAAUUAUAGCCUGUGGUUAUUCAAAUUGGAGAAAACUGAAUCAGGCCAGAGAAGGGGGAAAGGGCUCUGUAAUCCUAGUUACUCAGGGCCUGAGACCAAGGGAUGUUAGAUUCAAGGAUUACCUAGACAAUGCCAAAACCAAAACCCAGCAAAACCCCAAAGUUUAGCUCUAAAAGGCUCUUGUGAGUAUUCUAAGUUCAUCUUUUUUUUUUUUAAUGUGAGCUGUUACUGGGCAUGGUGACAAAUGUCUUUAAUCUAAGCACUUGGGAGGCAGAGGCAGGUGGAUCUGUGAAUUUGAGGCCAGCCUGGUCUACACAGUGAGUUCCAGGCCAACCUAGGCUAUGUACUGAGACGUUUGUCGAAAGAAAGAAGGAAGGAAGGUUAAUAAAGUAUGACAAUAUCUCUUUGAAAGUAUGUCGUGCCAUCUAUUGAGAUAAGAAUAAUCAGUUAAAAGUUAUUACUGGUGGGUGGGUGUUAAAAUAGCUAUUAAACUAUGAAGUUGAGACAGGCUGGGGUGAUACAUGCCUUUAAUCCCAGCAGUCUACAGACUGAGUUCCAGGACAGCCAGGGUUAGAACAUUAUGAUAUUUCAAUAGCUUAUCAUGUUAUGUCAUUAAGAUAAUUUGCCGUGUCUGUUUUUACUCACACCGUUUAGAUUUUUAUAAAUUAAGUGUUUGGGUGCUUACCUGUAUGUGUGUCUGUGCACCACAUGUUUGCCUGAAGCCUGCAGAGGCCAGAAGAGGGUGUCGGAUCCCCUGGAACUGGAGUUACAGAUGGCUGUGAGCUGUCAUGUAGAUGCUAGGAAUUGAAGCCUGGUCCUCUGGAAGAGCAGCCGGUGCUCUCAACCACUGAGCCACCUCUCCAGCCCCGUUUUUGAGACAGCCUCACUGGAGCACAGAAUGCCCUAGGACUAAGUGUACAGCCAAGUUGGCCUGGACCUUCUCCCAGUUGUUUUGCUUCUGCCUCUCGUGUGCUGGGGUUGCAGGUGUGAACCCCACGUCCCGCUCCGCAGCUUUGACUGCUCAGAAUUGAGCAGCAACUCCAACAGAGUCGGCGCCAGCAGAUUCCUCCCAAAAUAAGAGCCAGUCUGGAGAGACACCGAGUUAAAAUGCUCCCAGUAAGUUUGACAUUUGUAGCUCUUGCUGCCUUUAUAAAGAAUGUAUUUUUAGAAGUUUAUUUUUCUGAGCAGUGGCUUUAAGAAGAAAAUGUGAUACUGCCUUUAUAGAGAACAAAAUAAAGUUGCACAUCUAGCUGCA